AAAUUGCUUGCACCCGCCCCCCUACCUCUACCCACCAGGAUGUGACUAGAGCGUUAAUGACAGUAACAGUGUUGUUUACCCAAAUUAUGUCUAAAGAAGCUUUAAUUGUCACAUAAAUUUGUCAUGCAUGACUGUGAUGUGUGAGAGAUUUGUCUAUCCAUACAUAGAGUCAAGAUAAACACCGAUAUUUUUUACGUGUAGCACUAUGGCUACACGUACAGAUGUGAUAUUAUAUUUUAGGCCGCUACCAGCCGGAAAAUGGUUCUGAAGGCAAUUAGGUCGUUCUUCAGACGGCUUUACAUACUGUUGGUGGAUCUGUACACGUUCCCAGAGCUGCGGCCAGUGUUUUUGGCUGGCGUGAAGAACGGGAUGUUGGGUCUGUUUUUUAAGGGCCCAGUUUAUAAAGAUGUGAGCGACAGUUACGGUGGGAGUGCCCGGGUGAUGUAUAUUCAAGGAGUGCCGCUGCCUCCCUUCCCUUCAAUGCAUGCUAACUUACUGGAACAGGAUGGAUUCAAGGCCCGCAGUGACGAUAUAUGGGUAGUUAAUUGGCCAAAAUCAGGCACACAUUGGAUGUGGGAAAUAGUCAAGAUAUUAACUUCUGGGCGGGCAGAAUUAACUGACUCUUAUAAAGGAGGCGCCAUGUUUCCGGAACUGUGUCCGCUCCACGUAAUAGAAAAUAUGGCGCCACCGCGUGUCCUGAAUACGCAUGUGCCUCUAAAACUUUUCCCAAAGGUGGCGCUGAAUAGCAAGAUAAUCUACGUCGUUCGUAAUCCAAAGGAUGUAUAUGUGUCUUUAUAUUAUCACGCGACGGGUAUAGAACCGAAGUCAGCGAACUGCUCUUGGAACGGGAUGUAUGAACUGCUGGUGAACGGCAAAGCUCAGUAUGGCGACUGGUUCGACCACGUAGAAGAAUGGUUGAAAGUCCUGGAGAACAAUCCAAACGCCCUGAUUAUGACGUAUGAGGACAUGAAACUGGACCUUAAGAAACAAGUGCGUCUAGUGGCCGAGUUUUUGGGACGUGAAAGAUCAGAGCAGUUCUACAGCGACGUGGCUAGACUAUGCUCCUUUCAACAUAUGAAGAAAGAAAAGAAAGACAUCAGGAAUGUCUGGGCGGAGGACAGCGAAGGCAUAUUUAGGAAAGGCACAGUGGGAGAUUGGAGGAAUCAUUUCACGGUGGCUCAGAACGAGGAGUUCAAUCAGAUAUUCUGCAGGAGGAUGAAGAACAUCAACCUUGACUUGAAAUUUGAGCUUUGAUCACAUCCCGCUUUUUUGGCUAUCCAAAGACGGUGUGACACGAAUGGUAGUCCUAAGAAUGGAAGUCCGGGGUCUAAUGAGUUUAGUACAGGUUAGGGCUACUUGAAAUAUUGGGGUUAGUA